GGCCUAUUCCCGGCGUGGGAGUUCCUCGCGUGUCUCCUGUAGCAGAAUUGAUCGGUCUUCGACAUACAUAUUGCUCCCAAGUUAGCAGUGAUGCAUGCUUGGGAAUUUGAAGGCUCACACGGCCACCAGCUACUCUUUCUCGGCUGAAAGCUAAGUCCCAUUGGACCAAUGCGGGAGGUACUAAAUUAUACACGUUACAAUCAAGGGCCCUGUUAUACCGAGAUAUUGCUUGCAGCUGACUGUGAGCUUGGCUCAUCCCCGCAUGGAACAUCCCCGCCAGGCACAAGCACUUCCUCGUGUAACUAUGGCUACAAUUACUCGGCAUUGCAUAUAUAGCUGCGAUGAAAGAAUUCCUCCAGCUCAAAGCGUUCAUUUUCCUCGCAUCUGUUGUGGUGGUGGCUUUAGCUGCACCCGAGUCAUGUGAAAACGAAUGCAAGAAUCCAGGAAUCCGUAGAGAGUGGCGAUCUUUGGGAUUUAAUGAUCAGAAGGCAUUUGCAGAUGCUAUUAAAUGCUCACUUCACUGGCAUCUUCUUUCUUGGCAUCGGCUGUUCCUGAACACAUUAGAAAACAUUCUUCGAAGUGAAUGCCACUAUACUGGACAUCUUCCCUUCUGGGAUUGGACGCUUGGAGAUUACCACGACAUCAAGCAUUCGUACCUUUUCAAUGCUGAUCCCGAAGUCGGCUUCGGUGCCUUUCCAGGACCGGAGACAAACUAUACUGUCACUACUGGUGCCUUCCGCAAUUUGAUCCGCGCGUAUCCAUACACCCAUCGUGGUCAGAGGAACUACACCCUAAGGCCAUUCGCUUACGACCCACUACUUCAAGCAAAUACUACUCAGACACUUGAGGAAUGGAAGAAACUUGUAACUGGUUCUGUCGGGAACUACACGAGUUUCCAAUAUUCAGUUGAUGGUGUGCGGGGGGAAGGUGUACACAUUGCUACACAUCUUAGUAUCGGAGGGGACGUGGCGGCUUUAUCUUACUCGCCAAAUGACGUAAUAUUCUUCCUCCUUCACUGCCAACUUGAUCGUCUUUGGGCCGCAUGGCAAGGGUACUCUCCUCAGAACAGGUAUGCUAUUGGUGGAGGUCUGACGCAGGAUCUCCUCCAUUAUGACACAUACCCGGUCGGAACGGGUACACCAGUUACGUUAGACACCGUCAUCCUUCUUUCGAAUCUGGCACCGAAUACGAAAGUCAAGGAGUUAAUGGACACGAAGGGCGGUGUCCUGUGCUACGAGUAUGAGAUCACUGGAUCAACAUACAUGUAGCGUUAAGAAGACUGAUGGAAUAGCUGGAGUGGCUGAUGGCGGAAAACAUACUUCAAAGUAUUCAUGUAUAUGAGAACCGCGAAGACCGCCGUGAGCGGGAGUUAACGUGUCCCCACUCCCUCAUUUUUGCUUUUGCUCUCAUUCUUGGUGAGAAUGCGAUCAUUAUAUGCACAAACUGGUUUGAAGCAGAUGCACGUACUAGUAAAGGAAGCGGGUCGUAUAUACAUUGGGCGGGUAAUUAUUGUAUGUCAAUAAGCCUUGGUGCAAUAUAAUUAUUCUGUG